CGGAUGAGCCAACCUCCUACUUCCAUCGCCGGUUCCUCCCUUCUCGUAGCAUUCCGUAUACCUACCACAGGUCGCCCUGCAUGGCAUCCGUGAGCGCAGAAGAGUGGGAAAGCAAGUUGAAGGGAAAGAAGAUUGUCGACGCGCCAGGAAAUACCUCUGGCUUCUCCAAACAGGAUCUGCCGCACGAGCAUCGCGUUAUUGCCCCGGGAAGCGCUAUUACGAUGGACUGGAGACCGUCUCGUCUGAACGUACACGUCGACGAGGACGGGUUCUGCACCCAUUGCACAUCCGGAUGAGCAUGAAUUGUUGCUGCUCCAAGCUACUCCAAAGCACCGGGAACUCGCUUCAUCGCGCAUUGACGAUAACCUGAUAUCAUCCCCUUUCAGACCCCGGUUCGUUAGCCCAGUUCAGCGCCUUGUCGUCCUGGUCUGAAGUAACUGCUAUUGCCUACUCGAUACGACCCACUUGUGGGCAGCCUUUCGAUUGCAACGUAUGCCAUGCAUCGAACUCGUACAACGCUCGCGAUCCGUAUCUGCUCAUGAACACGCCGAACUCCACUAUCAACUACAGCUGCCUGUUCAAUCGAUAUCCUUCUCUAUCCUUCUCCAGUGGUCAGACGAACUUGUAGUGUCAGACUGAAUUCCGCAUUGUUCGAACCUUGACCGUACACGUCGACAGGCACAUAAUCUGC